UUUUCCAUAACCAUGAACACGUACCCUUACAACUGUCGUGCAUAAAUUCCCCAUAAUAACAAGCUCGAAACACAAGGAAAAACACAACCCACAAACCCGAGAUCUGAUCAAGAUGGGUAGAUCUAACGAGCAAGAUCUGCUUUCGACCGAGAUCGUUAACCGGGGGAUCGAACCCUCUGGUCCGAACGCCGGUUCCCCGACGUUCUCGGUUAGGGUUCGGAGACGCUUACCGGACUUUCUCCAAUCGGUUAACCUGAAGUACGUGAAAUUGGGUUACCACUACCUAAUAAAUCACGCGGUUUACUUGGCCACCAUACCGGUUUUGGUGCUCGUGUUCAGCGCUGAGGUUGGGAGCUUGAGCAGAGAAGAGCUUUGGAAGAAGCUUUGGGACUACGAUCUCGCCACAGUCAUCGGAUUCUUCGGUGUCUUCGUGUUGACAGUUUGUGUUUACUUCUUGUCUCGGCCUCGAUCUGUUUAUCUUAUCGACUUUGCUUGCUACAAGCCUCCUGAUGAGCUCAAGGUGACGAAAGAGGAGUUCGUAGAGCUCGCAAGAAAAUCAACGAAAUUCGACGAAGAAACCCUAAGCUUCAUGAGCCGAAUCCUCAAAUCCUCGGGAAUCGGCGACGAGACCUACGUGCCGAAAUCGAUAUCUUUGCCUGAAAAUAUCUCGACGAUGAAAGAAGGACGAUUAGAGGCAUCGACGGUGAUCUUCGGAGCCCUGGACGAGCUCUUCGAGAAGACACGUGUCAAGCCCAAGGACAUCGGAGUUCUUGUCGUUAACUGCAGCAUCUUCAACCCGACACCCUCGUUGUCGGCAAUGGUAAUAAACCAUUACAAGAUGAGAGGGAACAUUUUGAGCUACAACUUGGGAGGAAUGGGAUGCUCGGCAGGGAUCAUAGCGGUUGAUCUGGCGCGUGACAUGUUACAGUCGUGCCCUAACAGCCACGCGCUGGUGGUCAGCACCGAGAUGGUCGGUUACAAUUGGUAUGCCGGGAAAGACAGGUCGAUGCUGAUACCCAACUGCUUCUUUAGGAUGGGUUGCUCCGCCGUGUUGUUGUCCAAUCGCCGCCGCGAUUUCCGCCGGGCUAAGUACAGGCUCGAGCAUAUUGUACGGACGCAUAAGGGCGCCGACGACCGCAGCUUCAGGAGUGUGUACCAAGAAGAAGAUGAACAAGGCUUCAAGGGUCUGAAAAUAAGCAAAGACCUAAUGGAAGUAGGAGGGGAAGCCCUAAAGACAAAUAUCACCACACUCAGUCCACUUGUCCUCCCGUUCUCGGAGCAGCUCCUCUUUUUCGCCGCCUUACUCCGCCGCAAAACCUUGUCCCCCGCCACAGAAACCGCCUCCUCGGUCCUCGCCAAGUCCUCGUCGUCCGCCUCCUCGGCCAACAAGCCCUACAUUCCCGACUACAAGCUCGCCUUCGAGCACUUCUGCUUCCACGCCGCGAGCAGAACCGUCCUCAACGAGCUUGAGAAGAACCUCGGUCUCAGCGGCGACAACAUGGAGGCUUCGAGGAUGACACUGCAUAGGUUUGGAAACACGUCUAGCAGCAGCAUUUGGUACGAGCUAGCUUACUUGGAGGCCAAGGAACGAGUCAAGAGAGGCGACAGGGUCUGGCAGAUCGCUUUCGGGUCGGGUUUUAAGUGCAACAGUGUGGUCUGGAAAGCGAUGAAGAAGGUGAAGAAGCCGGCGAGGGACAAUCCUUGGGUCGAUUGCAUCGAUCGUUACCCCACUGAUAUAUGAAUCAAUGCUUAUUGUCUUUCAGUCUGCGAAGUUUCUUCCGGCACAACAAGAAAAGAGUGUCGGUGAAAUGCUGUGAUGAUCAAGCCCUAGCUAGGGUUUGGAGGUUUCAUCUUUCUCUUUUACUACUAUCUAAUUAUCGAUUUGGAAUAUGCAAGGAGAGGAUAAAAAUGUUGAUUUGAAAUUAAAGGGAUUUGAUGUAUUAUAUA